ACUAUAUCAGAUACAAACUUCUUGAAGAACGAUCUAAAAGCAAUUUGCUAUGGUCUUGGAAUCUCAACAGAAGGAACUAAGGCUGAUCUAAUACAAAAAAUAAGGGAAUACCCAACUGAAGAAAAUGAGAUACACGAACUUGACCCCAAAAUAGAAACGCUAAGAGAAAUAGUUCAAAAAUCAAGAGAGAAAACCAAGAUCUUACCAUCAAGAAUAGAUACCCAAGAUGAAGAAGGGCAAAGUUCCCAACACCAAAUGAUGGAGGAUACGUAUGAAAAGCCAAGAAAAUCAAACAAACGCCGAUAUCAAAACGACGAUGACAACGAAGGCCCAGGUGCCUUAGAACACAAGAUGCUAUUGGAGUUUAAAAAAUUGGAGACUGCAAUCCUAGGAUUUAACGAUAG